GCAAGCGGCAGAUCAAUUUCUUUCCUGUCUCUCCCACUGCCGCAGAAGCAGCGGACGGUCGUCGUUCUGGCCUCGUAUUGAUUCCCAUUCUGUAAUCGUGCAUCGAUAAGGUAGGGUGUUGUGACCCGCAAUGGCUACUUCUCUGGCGGCUAUGGCAGCUCGAAGGACCGCGAAUCUGUCUCGUUUCACGACGACCGGUUCUUCCGCCGGUGGAGCGUCUUCUCUGAUCCCCCGCCGCGGUCUCGCCGGCUCCGCUGAUCAUCACGGCCCACCAAAAGUUGACUGUUGGAAAGAUCCGAUGAAUCCGGGCAAUUGGAAGGAAGAACAUUUUGUGAUUGUAUCUUUAUCCGGAUGGGGUUUGCUCUUCUAUGGAGGGUACAAGUUAUUCACAAGGGGGAAGAAGGACAAACCCGAGACAUCAGCGGAAGCAACAAAGUAGAUUGGAGCUUGGAGUAUUGCCAAAGUUACUCUUCAAAUAAAGUGUGUGUUUUUAACUCAUUAGUUAGUAGUUUGAGAAAGUCUCUUUUUCACCUAUUCAACUACAAUCUUCAAGAGUGUGCGAGACUUUCAUUUAGGACUUCAAACCUCUCCAGACCCCUUCCAUAAUAAUGGGAAAUGGUGUCCUUCGGGAACAUGGCAAUCACCAGUAGCAUAUCCUCGCCUUUUGUUUUCUGCGACGACUUUUAUACUUAAUAUGGGUUGAUGGGAUUAAUGGUUGUGGACAGAUUAUCCUUGCCUUUUUGUGCUACCUUUAUCUUUUCCUAUCAAUGUACAUUGGUAGGAUGAUGAUAUGUUGAGAAUGGUUUAUGAACAUCUAAGUCAACUUGGAUUUCAAUGGAGUGUUAAUUAAAUUUUGAAUAUUUUA